GUGUUAAAUACUCUGCCGGAGCUGAGACUCUACAGAAAGCAGUGAGGGACGGAGCUCUGCUCGCUUAGUGUCAACUUUUCACUUCAGGUUUUAACAUACAGCCGAAACUAGAGAACUCAGUUUGUGUGCUGACAAACUAGUAUAAGCUCUUUAUCACCUGUUAAUUAUAACUUAUAAUUUAUUCGAGUUUUCUUCACUUUGCCCAGUACUCAUAUCUCCAUCAGGCCGUGGUGAAGCUGCCAUUAUGGAUCAGGUUGAGGUAGUCUCUAAAGAAGUAAAGAACCCAUGGGGUACUCCAAAUGUGGCAGCGGCCACUUGUUCUCUGACAGAUGUGAUGAGUGAACAGCUGGCCAAGCAGCUACACGAAGAAUGCAACUCCUUCCUGACCUGCUCUGAUGACUUGGACCUCGCCAAUAUACAGCAGGAUACAGAUACAUCCAGCGACCUGAUGUUGGCUCAGAUGCUUCAGAUGGAGUUUGAUAGGGAGUUUGACACACAGUUGCGCAGAGAAGAAAAGAAAUUUAAUGGAGAGAGCAAAGUGUCAAUUUCCUUUGAAAACUACCGCAUGGUUCAUCCAUUUGAGGAUAGUGACAGCUCUGAUGAUGAAGUUGAUUGGCAGGACACGCGCCAUGACCCUUAUCGCCUUGAAAAGCCAACCACUACACCAAAGAAGGGUUUUGCAGGAAAAGGCAAGAACAUUACCACGAAACAUGAUGAGGAGGUCUGCGGACGGAAAAACACUGCACGCAUGGAUAAUUUUGCUCCAGAGGUACAUGUUGGUGAUGGGAUAAGCAUGGACCUGAAGUUGUCAAAUCAUGUGUACAAUGCUCUGAAAAGACAUUGUCAGACUGAGCAGAGACGCAGUGCCAGACUUCAUGAGAAAAAGGAGCACUCAACUGCUGAGCAAGCAGUGGACUCCAAGACCAGAUUGCUGAUGUACAAAAUGGUGAAUGCAGGAAUCUUGGAGAACAUUAAUGGAUGCAUCAGCACAGGGAAAGAGUCUGUGGUGUUUCAUGCGGAUGGAGGGAGCUUUGAGGAGAUGCUAAUUCCAGAGGAGUGUGUCCUCAAGGUCUUCAAGACCACGUUGAAUGAAUUCAGGAACCGGGACAAAUACAUUAAGGAUGAUUAUCGCUUUAAAGACCGUUUCAGCAAGCUGAAUCCUCGUAAGAUCAUUCAUCUGUGGGCUGAAAAGGAGAUGCAUAACCUGACCAGGAUGAAGAAAGCUGGGAUUCCCUGCCCAGAAGUGGUUAUUCUAAAGAAGCAUAUUCUUGUGAUGUCUUUUAUUGGUAAGAACCAAGUUCCAGCUCCUAAACUAAAAGACGCCUUGCUGACUUCUGAGGACCUGAAGAAGGCAUAUUACCAAGUACUACAGAUGAUGCAGCAGCUGUUUCAAAAGUGUAACCUUGUUCAUGCUGACCUGAGUGAAUAUAAUAUGCUCUGGCAUGAUGGACAGGUAUGGUUAAUUGAUGUGAGCCAGUCUGUUGAACCUGCUCACCCUCAUGGUCUGGAGUUUCUAUUCCGGGACUGCAGGAACGUAUCUACAUUUUUUCAGAAAGCUGGAGUAGCAGAAGCUAUGAAUGUGUAUGAUCUCUUUAACACUGUGUCUGGACUAAAUAUCAGCAGUGACAAUGAGGCAGAUUUCUUAGCCCAGAUUCACGAAAUGGAGAAGAUGAAUGAGGACCAUGUCCAAAAGCGAAGCAAGAAAGCCUGUACCAAUACUUGUGAGAAUGGCCCACCUCUUUUAAAUGAGGAUGAUUAACAAUAAGAUCGUCUAGAAAAUGAAGGUCAGCUCACUAGUCGAGAGGGUGGAAUGGGAGGAUGUUUGAGUGCAUUACACAGCAUUUUCUGCUGACUUGGGCAUCUGAAACACCCAACUUUACUCACCUUCUUUUGAUGGAUGGCUUCAAAUUACAAGUAAAUGGUGUGUUAAUACAUCAGCUAUAUUAGUACAAGGCAGCACCAGAUCUGUCAUUUGAGCACAACCGGUCAUUGAUCGGUGUUGCAAAAUGGGCUAAUGAUGGGAGAGAAUGACGUGCGUAUAACUAAAUUGGGUGAAUAUGGCAAGGAGUCAUAUUUCUCUCUCCACAUAAAAUACUAGUUAGCGUGGAUUGAAUGCUUAUUUAAAGCAUUUGGUCUCUGCUAAACAUGCUUGAUGUGUUGGUGUAUUUUGAUGUUGGAUUUAUUUUCAUGUUGCUGUAUUCUGGAUUUGUGAUGUUUUAAAAUUCAUAGAGAAAAUGAAUAAAGGUUGAAACUGGAAAUUGAUAAUCAAAAUAUUUAAACAUGUUAUUAGAAGAUUAUUAUCUCUGGCCUCUAAUAACUAGACAUGGCAUAGAGAAGAUUUAUGAAACUCUUCAGCCAACUGUGUUAAAAAAAAAUCAUUUAUUUCUCAAGGCUGCUUAGCUAAGAAAUGUUGAAUGCAUUUCCUUCCCCUUGGGUUUCCACCUGCCAAAUAACUUGUGGGCAUAAGACUUAAUCUGCCUCUCUAUCCAGGUGUUCUGAAUAUGGUA